ACGAAUAAAUUAAUUCUAAAACGAUAACUUCAUAAAAAGUAUUUAUAUAUAAUCAUAUAUAUAAUGGCUGCUUAUGCUGCGUUUAAACAUAUUGAAAUCUAUAAUGUCGGCAAAGCCAAAAAGAGGGUGUUGAGAACACCAGGCGGAGGUUCUAGCGACAUUUUUGGCUCUGACAUGCCACAAACUCCACGAACCAUGAAGAAUCGUAUGGCCUCAAAUAUUUUCUCUGCCGAGAAAGAUGUCGCUCUGAAGAACAACGUACGGCAAGGAGCUCACAGAUUCUAUUUUAUUGGUGACGCACCACGACGCGGCCAAAAGACUGUGGACUCUUAUUCUCGUCUGUUUGGUGAGCCGGCACGUCCGGUAACGCCAGCAAAGAAUCACAUGAAAAGCAGCAUUCCAUUUGGAAAGAAUACGGAUUCCGCGCAGCAAACCCUUCCCAAUAAGGGGCAUUAUAAUGGCAAAAGUGGUUCGGUAUCCUCAGCCUCAUCUUCCGUUUCCUCUUCGACUGAGAAUCUAAAGAUUAACGGAGGCGUUAGAUCAGAAGGCAAUCCCGUUACUGGUGAGGGCUAUAAGCCAGGUGCAACGGACUACAUUCAACCAGCAGCCCUCAACGGUGGUGGUAACCAGGUGAUCAACAAGAAUCGUGUGCCACCCGGUGGAUAUUCGUCGGGCCUUUGGUAAUUUGAAUUGUGGAUGUCACGCAAUACAAACAACAUUUUCGAUGUGCAGCGAAAGUGAGCGGCAAGCAGAAAAACCAACAAACAGACAGCCCAGCAAACAAAAAAAAAAAAUAACGUAUAACACAAACGAAAUCGAUCAACAAAAUUUUAUCGCGAAAUUAGAUCUAGCGUUUAACUAUUAAGAAGAAGCAGCGACAGCAGCAGCAACAAUACGAGCAGAGCAUACCGAAGACAACAACCAUUCGAGAUCCAAUAUUACAACCUUGUUCAACACCAAGAAACGUUGCGCUUAGCAGAGUACACAACCAUACAAGAUUUUUCCAAGUAUCUUGCGUCCUGAAGUAUUUAAAUAUCUCUUGCUGCACAACAUCAUCGCCUCUCAACUCUUGCUCAAUUGCUCAACGUCGGCUGUAUUCCGCAUUAUGAGAUCAAGAAGACACAUUAUCCAAAUAUUACAAGCACACUCACCUUCACUUUUCAUCGAAAUAAUUGAUUUAAAAUAUCGCUGUAUCCACUAUUAUUCCUGUUGAUUGUACUCCCAAUAUGCAAUUUAAUUUUACAUACACGUAUGUAAUAUAA